GCGGGGAGAGGAAGACGCACUUCCGUCCGUUUUCUCUGAAAGUUCCUCAGCGUAUCCGCCUUCACACAGCUGAAGAAAAACCUUAUUUCAAAAAAAAAAUAAAAAUAAAUAAAACGUUAAUAUUUUAAGUCUUUCUCUAGCUUUUUUUUUUCUCAAGUGGGAUGUCUGCUUAUAUCCACAAUGCAGAGUGGAACAGGAGUUUACUACCAGGCAAUGCCUGCAGUGGGACCUGAUGGGAAAAAUGUGAUGAAGUUGAUUCCAGUUAAGAAAGUGAACGGCCACUUUGUUCACACACAGGUUCUUCCUUCGAGAAAUGUCUGUGUGCCUGCUCACACAUCUCCUGUGCCUUUACCCCAGAACAGAAUCCCAACACUUCAGCCAACAGCAGAUGGACGUUUCAUCUUAAAAACCCCGCUAGAAGUGAACACAGUAUUCAAUUCAGUGAAAAGUCAGCACAGAGGAUCUAAUGCCUUAUUACAAUCCUCUGCCAACCAAGUACAUGUCCCACUGAUCACCCAUAACAUGGCACAGAACACAUUGCAAUCACCCGUUCAGCCUAAUAACAAGGCUGUCAUCGUUACCAACAGUACACAGCUGCCAAACACUGUGAAACCAUCAGCACUUCCAAGUGGACAUUACCUUCAGAUCCCGUCUAAUGCCACAGUUAGAACCCUCCCUGCCUCUGCCCUCCCGUCAUCUAUCAAAAACAGUAUAUGUCACUCCACAAAUGACUCUAAUGCUGUGAAGGGGUUACCAAUGGUUCUGUACGUGUCUCCGGUCAGCUCUCUGAAAUUAGACCAACAAGCAUCGUGUCUCAAAAACCCCAGUGAGCUUCCUCAGACUUUGAGUCACACAUCUACUGCGAGCGUUGUGAAAAGCCCGGAGGAAUCCUCUAGGAACAGCCAAGGGGGCACCACUCCAAUGAAGUGGGUGGUUGAAGAGAGGGCAGGAAGCAGUGCUCCAUAUCUCAUACCCGUCACCUCGCCCAACAUGUCCUCAGACAUCUUAAAAGCAGUCAAGCAAAUGGAAUCAUCAAGGUUUCCAACCCAAGUCGCAAAAGAACCUGUGUCUACUGACAUCAGCAAAGAAACGAUUACUCCAGGAAAUGACAAUGCCCUUGUGAUGUGCAACGGUAAAGUGUACUUUGUGGCUAAGAGAAAUUCUGAAGUCACCAAGGAUAUGAUUACUAAUGCAGAAAGCAAGCUGCACCCCAGAAAAUCUCCACAGUCCCCUACUACUUCAUUAGGUACAAUUACUUCAAACGUGAGUCAAAAGCAAAACCCAAAAAGCCCGGCAGACAGUAAAAAGCCCAGUGAUAUCAUUGAUUUGUGUGAUGAUGAUGAAGAGAGCUCAACUUGCACAUCAUCUGGGAGGAUAAUUACACCAAGUGAUACAGUAAGUGAGCAUGACGAAGACUCUAAUGUGAUAUUUGUGUCAUACAUUCCACCAAAGUCAUCAGAGACCGAGACCAGCAAGGAAGUCACAGAGACGACAUCUCUGACUAGUUGUGUGAAAGAUACAGACAACACAAAAUUAGACACAGAAAGCAUGGAGACAGAGGGUGAACUGAACAGUACCUGUAGCACUGAAGUGGAUGCGAGUAAAUGUGAAGCUGUGCAUGAGAACGGACCUGCUCUUGAAAAAAACGAAGCACCGUCAGAAAAACUUGAAGUAGUUUGUGGUCAACAAACUGAUGUUACUGAAAAGUCUUUUGAGGAAAUGGUUCCAGACCAAAUACAUCAGCCUAAGAGUGAUUCUGAACUCAGACGGACUUUUGGGAUUACAUCAGAUUUGAGUGUUUCCUUACAAAAGAUAGACGUAUCUAAGGAGUCACAGGCAUGGGAAAGUCACCUACAGAACGAGAAAAGGUUAAUUAACAAACGCACACUAGACGGCAUCCGCAAACUGAUUCGCGAUUCAAAGAUUGAGACAAAAAUCAAGCAACUGAUUCAGACACAGGUGCCCAAACCUGUGAAAACUGGCAAAAGAAAACGGUUGCUGAGGAAUGGAGAAGAAAAUGGCUCGGAUACCUUUUCAUUAAGUGACGCACAUUCUUCACGUCUAUCUAACGGUUUAGUAGAAUGUGACUAUGAGAUUGAGAGUGCGUCAGCUGAACAGAGUACAGACAGUCAGGUCUUUCACACCUGUCAAGGUGCAGAGGAAGAAACCCCAUCCACCAGUGGUGCUUGUAAAGUAUCAGACAUAACCACUGAUCUCCUCUGUUCCUCCUCCAUGUUCGAGCCUGUACAAACUCAUACUGCCAAGGAUCAAAGUGACAGUCCAGAUUGUUGUUCAGGGUUACGGAAAACCCUGCCUCGUUCGAGCAAGGGGUGUGGGAAAAUGUGCACGGCAUGUCCUUGUGGAACUAAGGUAGGAGGAGUGGCUGGAAAUUCAGCAUCUAAACCACGAGAGAACCCAAAUCCCUGUUCCAGCGUUAAUUCAUCUAAAGGUGUUUCAGGUGAAUCAAACAGAGAAUCUGCAGUUGACAGAUUGGCAGAUUCGGUUUCAAGCUCAACAAACAACAACAGUGCAUCAGGAAAGUCAGGAGACGAAAUGACACAUGGCAGCCAAUCGCAUGUUAGUAAGGAAGUUAAAGGUACUUUGCCCACUGCUACCUUUUCGACAAGUCAACCAGCAAUGGCAGGAACAUGGAGUUGCAGUUCAAGGAGCACACAAGACAAGACUCGUGAUAAAUCUGCAAGCAGCCAGUCAGAAACAGGCACUCAGAAACCAAACAAACUGAACGAGGUGAAGACAAUUUCGUCCUCAGUUCAGCAGUUAUCCUAUACGAGUUAUAAAAUACCUAGCGAACUGUACUCCUCUGUACUGCUGGACCCUGAGGAGAUAAAACGACAGGAGAGAAUCAAACGCCUUAAAGACCUCCUGCAGGAGAAGGAGGCUGCACUUGAGAAGCUGAGGAAGAGCAUGUGAGAGCCACGCGAAUCUGAAUUUACUUUCGGCAGCAAGAUGUCAGUGGAGAAGUUGUCAGUAUAUGUAAAGCACAAGUCAGUGAAAGGCAGCAUCUGGUUAUGCAUACUUAAGUUUUUUGUGAUGUACUUCAGCAUCAGUUUGUUUUUUGAAUGUGUUUAUAUAUGUUGAUAUAUUUACCAUUCUCUGUAAGUUUUCUAAACUUAAAUGUGUCAUGUUCAUGAGUUUUGUUACAGGAGAGAAUGUAUGAUGGGCUAGUACAUGGCUGAAUGUGGCUUCAUUUUGCAUUUCUAAAUUAUUUAAUGUUUCAGAAGACCCGUACAUCUUUGUAACUUAGACACUUUAUAUACACGUUUCUGAAGGCUGGUAUAUACAUCCUCACUAUAUUCCAUUUUGCAUGAAAUAAAUAUUGCAUCCAUGUCAUUUUUGCUUGAUAGCAGCAUAGCUGAUUUCAAAAUGAACUUCAUACAGUGUAGUAAGGCACAUUAACUUCAUUCAGUUUGUUUUCCAAAGUUUCUGAGUUGAGGAUGUUUUGGGAUUGUUCUACAGCUUCAUUACACCUUCUUUAAUAUGUCAAUUAAAAUUCCUGUGUUUUGUA